ACCAUGUGUUUUGGAAAUUGUGCAAAAUGCUUGGGCAUUACUUUAAUUCCACUAGCCAUCCUGAGUAUAGUAGCCAAUAUCUUACUCUUUUUCCCUGGUGGCCAGAAGGUUUCGAAUAAUGGACAUAUUUCAGAUGAAGUUUGGUUCUUUGGGGGAAUCCUGGGUUCUGGGUUUCUGAUGAUAUUCCCCAUACUUCUAUUUCUUGGUCUAAGAGACGAUGACUGCUGUGGAUGUUUUGGUAACAAGGACUGCGGGAAGAGGUUUGCAAUGCUUUCAUCUAUAUUAUUUGCUGCUGUUGGAUUUAUGGGAGCAGGUUACUGCUUUAUCGUUUCAAUAAUUGCUAUAACUAAUGGUCCAAAAUGUUUAACAACUGAAGGGUGGACCUAUCCUUUCCAAAAUGGAGAUCAUCUAUGGGAUUCGGGUCUUUGGGAAAGGUGUAUAGGUCCAGCUGAUAUUGUCCAAUGGCAUUUGACCCUCUUCUCCUUGCUCCUGAUAAUAAGUGGAGUUCAAGCUGUGCUCUGUGCUAUUCAGGCUAUUAAUGGACUCAUCGGGUCAAUAUGCGCAGAUGGCAAGUGCUGUAGCUGUGUCGGGAGUAUGUGUUCUGGGAAUUGUGCAAAAUGCCUGGGCAUUGCCCUAAUUCCACUAGCCAUUCUGUGUAUCCUGGCCAAUACCUUGCUUUUUUUUCCUGGCGGCAAAGUUGCAUCAGACAAUGGACAUAUUUCAGAUGAAGUCUGGUACUUUGGUGGGAUUUUGGGGUCUGGAGUUCUGAUGAUCUUUCCAGCUCUGGUGUUUCUUGGUCUGAAAAAUAAUGACUGCUGUGGAUGUUGUGGCAAUGAAAACUGUGGGAAGAGAUUUGCUAUGUUUUCUUCUUUAUUAUUUGCAGCCAUUGGAUUUGUUGGUGCUGGCUACAGCUUUAUAAUUGCAGUAGUUGGAAUUCAUAAAGGUCCAAAAUGUGACACUGGAUAUGGAAACUGGACAUAUGCUUUCAAUGACGGAGAACACCUGGGGAAACCAGGCAUAUGGAACAGAUGUGAAGAACCUAAAGAUAUUGUGCCAUGGAACCUAACUCUAUUCUCAUUGCUCCUGAUAAUGAGUGCAGUCCAAGCUCUGCUCUGUGCAAUUCAGGCCAUCAAUGGACUGAUUGGGAUGUUCUGUGUUGGCUGUAAAUCUGGAUGUUGUGGGGGUGAUGGACCAGUUUAACCACAGCAGACAUUAACUACAUCAGUCUCUCCCGUGUCCAUGAAAACUAAUUCUGUACAGAAAUCCCGGGUCCCUAAUACAUAUAUUCCCUAAACUAGAGAAAGAAGUACUAGAAUGAAGAGGUUGUUUUAAUAAGCUCUGACUAAAUCUUCUACCAGUUUUCAAGAAAUAAAGUAGCUCUGUUUUCCUGCCCAUUUAUAUUCAAUGUUUGAAUACAGUGAGUUUUAGAAUAAGGUUACAUCUAUGACCCAUAUCAAAACCUGAGUAUUUCAAUUGAUAGGUAUGGAUUACCAUAUCUAAUACUAAUAUAUGCUUAUAUAUUGUGAUCCAUUGAUGCAUAUUUUAAUCCAUAUUACCUAUUAAUAGUUCAUAUUUCUAACAUAGAAACGGGUGUUUAAAAGGACACUAUAGGCACAAAGCAACGUUAGCUAAAUUAAGCAGUUUUGGUGUAUAGGUCAUGCCUCUGCAGUGUCACUGCUCACUUCUUUGCAAUUUAGGAGUUAAAUCACUUUGUUUAUGCAGCUCUAUUA